AUCAUCUGUGAGAUAGACAAGAUCACUGCCUGUAGUUGAGCACAAAGAAAACAUCGAGACUCCCACAUCUUUCAGGGAGAAGAAAGGAAUCAGCAGAGCAGACUAAUAAGGACUUGUGUCUGGUGGCCUUUUCAUACAAAGGCUGCCUUUAAAAAAGAAACACAGUGUUAUUUAAUGAGCUGUGAGAUGAGACGCUGCUGCUAACACUCAGAUUCCAAGAUUCAUCUGCUAUUCAUUGUGCUUAAUGUACAUGUUUCUGCACUGUGCAUUUAGAAGAUCCCAGAGAAGAAACCAAAACGGCUGCGGGGGAAAGACCACCAAACAUGCCUACAGAAACACUACAGACAGGUAGCAUGGUGAAACCUGUCAGCCCUGCUGUCACUUUCACAUCGGCUGUUCCUCUUCGCAUCUUAAACAAAGGACCGGACUAUUUUCGCAGGCAGGCAGAGCCUAAUCCAAAAAGACUAAGCGCUGUGGAGAGACUAGAGGCUGAUAAGGCAAAAUACGUUAAGAGCCAGGAGGUCAUCAAUGCCAAGCAAGAGCCUGUGAAGCCAGCAGUGCUUGCAAAGCCACCGGUUUGUCCUGCAGCCAAGCGAGCUUUGGGCAGUCCUACCUUGAAAGUAUUCAGCAACAAUGCAAAGACUGAGAGUGGUGUCCAGAGAGAAAAUUUAAAACUGGAGAUUUUGAAAAACAUCAUUAAUAGCUCAGAAGGCUCCAGCUCAGGUUCAGGUCACAAACAUAGCUCACGAAAUUGGCCUCCCCACAGAUCUGAUUCAACAGAACUAAACCGACAUUCAUUUGCAGAAUCGUUAAAGGUUUACCCCACCCAAGGCCGCAACAGCCCUCAAGAAAGCAGCUCCAGUGUGAGCAGAAGGCUCUUGGACCAGUCUGCGGAGACCUUCUUACAUGUUUCUCACAGUUCCUCAGACAUUAGAAAAGUAACUAGCAGUAAGCCCUUAAAAGCAAUACCCUGCAGUAGUUCAGCCCCACCUCUGCCUCCGAAACCCAAAAUUGCUGCCAUCGCUUCUUUGAAAUCCCCAGAGAUCGAGGCAGUAGAAUCUGGAUGUGGAGUCAGCAGAAGACCCUCCUUACAACGAUCAAAAUCAGACUUAAGUGACAGAUAUUUUCGUGUUGAUGCAGAUGUUGAACGAUUCUUUAACUACUGUGGACUGGAUCCUGAAGAGCUUGAAAACCUUGGGAUGGAAAACUUUGCAAGGGCUAAUUCUGAUAUUAUAUCCCUCAACUUUCGCAGUGCAAGCAUGAUUAGCUCAGACUGUGAACAGUCUCAGGACAGCAACAGUGACCUUAGAAAUGAUGACAGUGCCAAUGACCGUGUGCCAUAUGGCAUUUCUGCAAUUGAAAGAAAUGCCAGAAUCAUUAAGUGGUUAUAUAGUAUCAAGCAAGCGAGAGAGUCACAGAAAGUAUCCCAUGUGUGAAAGAAAAUCCACAAUAGAAUAAGCAAGGACUGUAUCUUUGUCUGUGAAUAUUCAGUUGUGAAGGGUCGUGAAGUCUACUUGAAGUCUUGUACACUUCUCAAAUCUCUUUGUGUUGCUUGUUGUGCAAUGUUUUCAAGUUGCAUGCCUGUCAACAUGUGAACUGACCUGGCUUCCACUUGAACAAUAACUAACUACAAAGCCUGGCUGAGCAUACGCGUUAUCUGCCAAAAGUUUAAGACAAGAAUCUGAUUAGGGCUUCAUUAUAAUCAAGCUGUUUACAUGAAAAGGUUUUAUGACUUCUUCAAUAUUUGUGUAGUUCCUUGUGGAUUUUACAUCUCAUGUUUUUGUGUCUUAAUUACAGAUAUUGUCAACUGACAUUACUAGCUUUUAAGUUGAAAGAGAAUCCUUUUGAGAAAAAAGGCAAAAUUGGCCAAAAUAAGAGAUUUGAGCAUAUACCAAUUGUUAAAGAAACUUGAUCUCCUGUGGAAAGUGAUGUAUUGGCUUGUGUAAAACUGUUUCUAAACUGCAGAGUAUAAUGCGUCCUUUGUUCAAAUACAUGGAUCCACCUGUUUUUUCUUUUCUGACAGUUUCCUUGGUUUCAUAGCAGAGAGCCUAGAAAAACUGCUUGACCUUUCAAAAACUAAAUGAGUCUUGCAUUUGAUGUAGGGUACAAAUAUUAAUGGGUUUAUGUUAAACUGAUGGAGAGGUUAAAAAGAGUCAAAGUUGACCGAUGAAAAUGUCUUGAGUGUGUUUUUUUGUUUCUUUUUUAUUAAAUAAAGAUUCCUAGUCUUAAACUUUUGACAGGAAUGAUUAAAUCCUAUAGCUGAUAUUGAAUGCCUUUAUUAGUCAACCACAUCAUGACUAUAAACUCCAUGCUGUCUUUUAAUUUUUUUGUAGACCUAUUGGAACAAUUUCUGAACAAAAAAAUGGAAAAACACAGCCAUAUCAAUAUAAAGCCUCCUUUUCAGAAGUAAAUACACUCAGUAGCUGAACUAUAUCUGAGAAAUUGUGAUUAUGUUGUCUUGCAUAUGUUAUAUCUAAGGCUGUGAAAGUUGUUACAGCUCUAGGAAGUGUAGAAACAUGACAGUAUGUAGGGUUUUUUUUCCUUAUGAUGGUUAGUGCUGCACGUCAAUCUGUUACAAAUUUUUUGACAAUCUGUGUCUUCCCAAUGGGUUAAUUAACUGUCAUCCCAACUGACAGUUGUGGUGUGGUAGCAGAGAAGUUGAAAGUACAGUGGUCUGCUUCAUUAUUAUUGUAUUCAUGCUUUGAGGUAAAUUGCAGCACUACCUUAUACUUCAUCAGCUAAUAGGAAACUUUUUUAUUGUGUAAAUGCUGUAAGACUUUGUAUAUACUUCAGUUGUUAUGAAAUCUUUAAAAGGAAGAGUGUUAUGCUAAUAAAUAGCUCCUGGUGCA